UCCAAAAUUUUGAGCCUUCAAACCUGCAAAUUCCAAUAAAUAAACAAUGUCACCGUCAUUACUCCAACAAAAACGGUGAUCCACUUGGAUAUCAUUUAAAAACUGUCGUCAAAACGACCCCUACGACAAUCCCUAAUGAAUCACUCGCGAACGAAAUGUCUAAACAUAAUCGAAGCCACAUGCAAAUGGGCUUCGUAAGAAUGGCUCAAUAUUUAUUUUGUAAAAAAUCGAAAACCAAGUCAACACAAAAAAUAUUAACAAUAAUAAAAAAUUAUCAAAAUAAUAACAAUAAGAAUUUAAGGCUGACACAACAACAUCAUCACCAAUCCGAAUUAAAUAGUAAAAGAAGUCGAAAGCAUCCCAUGGUUCUAUGGUUUCUUGUGAUAUGUAUAGUACUUUCGGCAGUGGGUGGUGCUACAAGCGAAUAUGUUCGAAAUUUAGAAGUUUCCGAGGGGGUGCCAAUCGGGCGUCAAAUCGGUUAUAUCGGUGAUGUUAAUGGCAGAGUUGACAGUGGUCCGCCAUAUUUAAUAGUGCCUGUGCCCGGUAGUGCCGUCGAUACAGAUUUAUCCAUAGAUCACACAACCGGCGAAAUACGGACUAAAAUCCAGCUGGAUCGAGAACGUCGCGCGUCGUACAGUCUGGUGGCAAUUCCCCUUAGCGGGGAUAAUGUCCGCGUAGUGAUAAAAGUACUCGAUGAAAAUGACAAUGCACCCACAUUCCCCACCCCUGUCAUGCAUAUCGAAUUCCCCGAAAACACUCCGAAAGAGGUCAAACGUACGUUAAAUCCGGCGCGAGAUCUUGAUCUGGAACCGUUCAAUACCCAGUCCUAUAAUAUCGUGUCGGGAAAUACAAAUGAAGCGUUUCGUUUAGCGCCGCAUCGCGAAAUGGACGGGGUUUACUAUUUGGAUCUGCAGAUCUUCGGAUUCCUCGAUCGGGAGACAACGCCCAGUUACAGUCUGGUUAUCGAGGCUGUUGACGGUGGCAGUCCGCCUCUGAAGGGUCAAAUGACUGUCAACAUCACCAUCCAAGAUGUCAAUGACAAUCAGCCAAUAUUCAACCAGAGUCGGUAUUUUGCCAACAUUCCCGAAAACGUCACGGUGGGGACAAGCGUGCUGCAGGUGUACGCCUCCGACACCGAUGCCGAUGAAAACGGUCUGGUCGAAUAUUCGAUUAAUCGACGCCAAAGUGACAAGGAGCAAAUGUUCCGCAUCGACUCUCACACCGGCAUGAUAUCCGUCAACAAGCCACUCGACUUCGAAGCCAAGGAACUGCACGAACUGGUGGUAGUGGCCAAGGACCAUGGCGAACAGCCACUCGAGACAACCGCUUUCGUGUCCAUCGUUGUGACCGAUGUCAAUGACAACCAACCCACUAUCAGUGUGAUCUUCCUCAGUGACGAUGCUACGCCAAAAAUCUCCGAAAGUGCCCAACCUGGUGAAUUUGUUGCCCGAAUUUCAGUCAACGACCCCGACUCCAAAACCGAAUACUCGAAUGUGAAUGUCACGCUGCAAGGUGGUGGCGAUCAUUUCGGUCUAACGACACGUGACAACAUCAUUUACCUGGUCAUCGUUGCAUUGCCACUGGAUCGUGAAAUGCAGCCCAACUACACGUUGAAUGUUGUGGCAACGGAUAAUGGCAAUCCACCGUUGCACGCCUCGAAGACGAUCUACCUUCGCGUGACCGAUAUUAACGACAAUGCACCGGAAUUCGAAAAGGACGUCUACUAUGCGAAUGUUAUGGAGGUAGCUGAUCCAGGUACCUCCGUCAUUCAAGUGGUAGCUGUGGACAAGGAUGAGGGCAAUAACUCAGCGGUGAUUUACUCCUUGGUGGAUACGCCCGAAACGCACUCGCAAUGGUUUCAGGUUGAUGCACAUACUGGAUUAAUAACAACACGAGCGCAUAUAGAUUGCGAGACGGAACCGGUUCCGCAAUUGAAAAUUGUCGCAAAGGAUAAUGGACAUCCACCGUUAUCGUCGACAGCUACCGUUUUGGUAACAAUUCAUGAUGUCAACGACAAUGAGCCGAUUUUUGAUCAGAGCUUUUACAAUGUAUCGGUGCCGGAAAAGGAACCAUUGGGAAGGUGUAUAUUAAAGGUGUCUGCAAGUGACCCAGAUUGCGGAGUAAAUGCAAUGGUUAAUUAUACGCUCGGUGAGGGUAUAAAGCAGCUCACAGAGUUUGAAGUACGCCCCGCAUCCGGAGAGAUAUGCAUUUCUAGUGACCUGGACUAUGAGAAGCGUUCAUCCUAUGAGUUUCCCGUCAUUGCAACUGAUCGAGGUGGUCUUAGCACAUCGGCCAUGGUAAAGAUCCAACUCAUCGAUGUCAAUGACAAUCGUCCUGAAUUCUACCCAAAGGAAUACAAUGUGUCACUGCGUGACCCAUCGACCGGAUCAAUGGCCGUCGAAACGCCAGUUGUGUCCGUAGUAGCCACCGAUCCGGACUCGGGGCGUAAUGGCGAAGUGACCUAUCGCAUUGUGAGUGGCAAUAAUGAUAAUAUCUUUCGCAUAGACAAGAUGACCGGUGAGGUAUUCGUGCAUCGACUCAAUCUGUUGGCCAUGUACAAACGGACUAAUCCUUUUUACAUACUAAAUAUUUCUGCAACGGACGGAGGUGGCAUUAAAACUUCACAAGAUGCUGUGAUUUACAUUAGCAUAAUUGAUUCGACACAGAGGCCGCCGAUUUUCGAAAAGUCGCGAUAUAACUAUUAUGUGAAGGAAGAUGCGAUGAGGGGAACUGUGGUUGGUUCGGUAAUGGCAACGAGCAGCGAUUCAGGAAGCCGCAACGUUGUCAGCUAUUCCAUCUACACCGGUGAUCCCGAUGACUAUUUCAGCAUUGACAAAAAUUCUGGUGACAUUCGUGUAGCAAAACCAUUAGAUCAUGAAGCUAAACCACAAGUUCUAUUAAAUAUACAAGCAAAAAGUGGUGAUCCACCAGCUUAUGGACAUACUCAGGUCAACAUCGAUAUCGAAGACGUUAACGACAAUCCGCCCGAAUUCGAGACAAGUAUGGUCCGUAUCUCGGUGCCGGAGAACGUCGAACUUGGUACGCCACUGUAUGCUGCUCACGCCCGCGAUAAGGACUCUGGCAAAAGUGGCAUUGUCACAUACAGUCUAACAAUGAUUGGUUCAAUGCCAUCGCCACAUCUGAAUGUGACAACGUCAGCAACGGCAGCAGCGAUGUACGGUGGCUCAUCGAUGUUUAUGUCGCCAGGAGUUGCAUCUGGAUCUGCUUCAUCAUUAUCAUCAUCAGCAGCAGCAUCGUCAUCAUCGCUGACAUCCUCGUCCUCAUCGUCACUUUUAUCAUCUUUGAAUGGUAACGGUGGUGGUGGGGGGCGACUUUAUUCCAUUCGAAAUGGUAAUCACAAUCAAAUUGGUUCUGGAUCUCAACAACAACAACAACAACAAUUGUAUGGAAUGGGUGGUAGUAGUAGUUAUCUUAUGGCCAACUCAUUGCCACUAGACUUGCAACAGCAACUUCUGCAACAGCAGCAGCAGCGGCAUCAUCUAGUACAACCAUCUACUACGAGCAUGAACCAAGCUCAACUGUUUGCCAUCGAUUCACGUUCCGGACAUUUAACAUUGUCACGACAUUUAGACUAUGAGACAUCACAACGGCAUUCGUUAAUUGUCACCGCAACCGAUUCUGGUGAACCACCAUUAUCGGCUAAUUUAACUAUUCUCGUCGAGGUACAAGAUGUUAAUGAUAAUCCGCCGGUCUUCGAGCGUAAUGAAUAUUCAAUUAAGGUGUUGGAAUCGAUGCCGAUUAACUCGCAGAUUCUCCAAGUAACAGCAAUCGAUCUCGACACUGGCAACAACGCCCGUCUAACCUACCGCCUCAUCGAUCCCAAUAGCAGCAACAGUGAUAAGAAAUUCCUCCCUAACAAAGCAAAUCUCACCAUCCCCCUCGGCACAAGUGGUGGCUUACGAUCCCUCGCUAUGAUGGCCAUCAAAGGUGUAACAACAUCAGCCCCAAUAACUGCAAAUUCCGAUCCAAAUCAAUUAUUCGGCAUAUUCCCAAAUAGCGGGUGGAUUUAUUUGCGUGGCACACUCGACCGUGAAACGCGUGAUCGUUACGAACUCACUGUAAUGGCCAGUGACAAUGGUACACCGUCAGCUCAUGCGAAAACACGUGUCACUGUCAAUAUACUCGAUGCCAAUGAUAAUGAUCCCCGUUUUCAGCGCAACACCUAUGAGUUUGCCAUCGAAGAGAAUAUGCGUCGCGGUGCAAUAGUUGGCACUGUUGCUGCCACCGAUCUGGAUUUAGAUGCCAAUGCAGCGAUACGUUAUAGCUUGAUACCGAGUAAUACUAGCUUCCAGGUUAACCCAGUUACAGGGGAAAUCAUCACCCGCGAGCCGUUGGACCGUGAAACUCGAUCCCUUUACGAUCUUGUGGCUGAAGCUCGCGAUCAGGGCACACCAUAUCGCAGUGCUCGCGUUGCAGUGAAAGUCAUGGUGACUGAUGUGAAUGACAAUGCUCCGGACAUUGUUGAUCCGCAAGAGGAUGUGGUCAGUGUGCGCGAAGAACAGCCGCCCGGCACCGAAGUGGUACGAAUUCGUGCCGUCGAUCGUGAUAAUGGCCAAAAUGCAUCGAUCACCUAUACGAUAUUAAAGGGUCGUGACUCAGACGGCUACGGGCUGUUCUCCAUCGAUCCGAGUUCGGGCCAAAUUCGCACUCGUGUUGUAUUGGACCACGAGGAGCGCAGCAUCUAUCGGCUGGCAGUGGCGGCUACCGAUGGUGGUGUACCGCCGAAGCAGACUGUACGUUUGUUGCGUGUCGAGGUGUUGGAUUUGAAUGACAAUCGGCCGACGUUUACCAGUUCCAGUUUGGUCUUUAGGGUCCGUGAGGAUGUGCCAGUAGGUCAUGUUGUCGGCUCUGUGGGCCCCUCUGAAAAAAGUGACACCCAAAACAUGAUCGCCGAACCAGGACUUCACAUAACUUACACUCUGACGUCACUCACCAAAGACACCAUCGAAGGCGCCUUCGACAUGGAUCGUCAAACUGGCUUCCUUGUCGUCGCCCGUCGACUAGAUCGCGAACAACAAUCCGAAUAUCGAUUGGAAAUCCGCGCCCUGGACACAACCGCCUCCAAUAAUCCCCAAAGCAGUGCAAUCACAGUUAAAGUGGAGAUCGCCGAUGUGAAUGACAAUCCACCCAAGUGGGCCGAAGAUCCAAUAAUGAUCUACGUCAGCGAGAGCACCGCUAUUGGAGUGAUAAUCUACAAUUUUACCGCCACCGACGCAGAUACUGGCACCAACGGUGAACUGCAAUACAAGUUGUUGCGCCAAAGUCCCGAUGGCUUAGAUACUUCCAACCAACAACAGCAAGAAGAAAAUCAAGAACAACAAAAACAAUCACUAUUCUCGGUGGACCCACUUACCGGUGCUCUGACCCUACAAGCAGCACUUGAUUACGAAACAAUCAACGAGUACAUUCUAAUUGUACAAGCUCUCGACCAAUCGUCGAAUGUUAGCGAACGUUUGCACAGUACGGUAACGGCUCGCAUCCUCGUCGAGGACGCCAACGAUAACGGUCCAGUUUUUGUGUCACCGGCUGGAGGAAGCGACACUAGCAUAGAAUUGAGUGACGCAACACAAGUCGGUCAAUUAGUGGCACACGUUGUGGCGACUGAUAAGGACGCGGGCGAUAAUGGACAUAUCACCUAUGCAAUACUUAGCGGUAAUGAAGAUGGACGCUUUAGGAUCGAUUCGAAAACUGGUUUUAUUGAGCUGGCCAAGAGUUUGCCACAGAUGAUGAUGAUGAUUGGUAAUGAUGAUGGUAAUGGUUACUAUGGCAAUCGAGACAGUAGCAGUGGCAAUGGAAAUGGUGGCAGCGGUCAAAAGUCGAACAAUAAAUUUAAUUUGGUGAUCAGUGCGAGUGAUCAUGGUAGUCCGCAACCGAAGCAAUCGCAUUUGAAUUUACAGAUUCUUGUUCAAGGAACGACAAGCAAUCCUCCGCGUUUUUUGGAAUCUGUCUAUCAUGUCAACAUCUCGGAGAAUUUGCCAUCAGGAAGUUUGAUAUUGCGCGUAGGCGCUCAGUCCUUUAAUGGUGCAAAUCUCACAUAUCAAAUCCCAUUAGGUGUUGCUAAUAAUCACUUUAUUGUGGAUACUUAUCGUGGUUAUGUCACAUCGCAAGGACAAUUUGAUCGUGAGACCAAAGAUGAAUACACGAUACCAAUCUAUGUAUUUGAAACGAAUCGUGCUCCAAGUGUUGCCAUACAACGAGCACAACAACAACAACAACAAGCAACAUCAGCCGAAGCACAAUCAACUGAUGUCACAUCUGAGUCCCACCAACAACAACAACAACAACAUCAACAUGGCGGACAAUUUGACAUUGCAACAAUUGUCAUUAAAAUAACUGACGUUAAUGAUCAUGCACCUGAAUUCCAUCCGGGCUCCUGCUAUAGGAUGUCAGUGCCAGAAAACAGUGAGGCAGCGGUCAUUCAUACUGUGGUCGCCACAGACUUGGAUGAGGGUGCCAAUGGUGAAAUUGUCUACAGUAUAAUUGGCGGUAACUUGGGAAAUAAAUUCAGCAUCGAUAUGCAUACGGGUGAGCUAACAGCACGCUCAUUGGAUCGUGAACAGCAUUCACGGUAUUCAUUGCAAAUUCAAGCCCAAGAUCGUGGUACACCCAUCACAUAUCAGGGCCUUUGUAAUAUAUCGGUGUCGGUUGAGGAUCAAAACGACAAUGAUCCACGUUUCGAACAAACCAAAUAUAUUGCCAAUAUACCUGAGGAUAUUGCAAUUGGCUCGUCGGUAUUGAAAGUGAAGGCGAACGAUGCUGAUUUGCGUAAAAAUGCAAAAAUUUUAUAUUCACUUGCCAAUGAGACACAAUGGCUGUUUGCUAUUGAAAAUGAUACUGGAUUAAUAACUGUUGUUGGACCUUUGGAUAGAGAACGUCAACAUAUCUACAACUUUGAAGUCGUUGCCACAGAUGGCGGUCUCUAUGAUUCGCGUUCGCAACGUGUACCCGUUCAAAUCAUCGUCGACGACGUCAACGACAACAAGCCAAUAUUCGACCGAUACCCGUUCCGGACACAGGUCCCAACCCUAAUCCAGCCCGGCAAAACUCUACUGCAGGUCAGUGCCACCGAUGCGGAUCAAGGCAUCAACGGCGAAAUCCUGUACAGCCUGAUCAACGAUGCGACAGCGAACAAAUUCCGCAUCAAUCCCAACACCGGAAUGGUGAGUGCCACGCAGAGUCUGGCCAGCGAGCACGGCCGACUCCUACACUUGGAGGUGAUGGCACGCGAUAAGGGUAAUCCGCCGCAAAGUUCGAUCAGCUUAAUUGAGAUCCGUGUGGGGGACGAGCAGCCGGGCAGUCCGCUGCUGCGUUUCGUCAACGAUACCUAUCAUGUGCGGUUGCGAGAGAACACCGCAAUUGGUCAGUCUGUCAUUCGGGUGAAUGCGGUGCGCAGUGACGGACGACGUCAGAAGAUUAUUUAUUCAUUUGGUGCGGGCAACGAGGACGGUGCAUUCUCGAUAGACGCGAUCACCGGCGAGAUCAAAGUGCGCAACUCUGAACAUCUAGAUUACGAGAAGUAUUCGUGGACGAUGGCUGAGACCUCAUCGUCAUCCAUGGCCUCGUCAAAUGGACGCAGCUUGUCUUACAACGAUGACAUUGCUGGGGCAGUCAACAGGAGCAGUAGCAGCAGCAACUCCUUGGCAUCGAAUAGAACAACAACAACGCAAACUGUCAGACGAAUGCGUCGUGGCAUCACAUACAACGACGAUGCAACAGCAACUGCAACACCGACAGCAAAAGCAGUAGCAGACCACGACUCUAGUCCGGUGCCCAAUGAGAUGCGAUUAAUUGUCGUUGCACAUACCGAAGGGACGCCAUUGUUGUACGGCUAUGCCGCAUUGCACAUUAUCCUGGAGGACGAGAACGACAAUGGACCACACUUCACACAGCAACAAUACUCGGCGACAGUGUGGGAGGGCAACAGCAAGGGAACGCUGGUGGUGCAGGUGCAGGCAUUGGAUGCGGACGCCGGCUCCAACUCGCGGGUGCUGUAUCACAUUGUCGAUGGCAAUCAUGACAAUGCGUUUGUCAUUGAGCCAGCGUUCAGUGGUAUCGUUAAGACGAAUAUUGUGCUGGAUCGUGAGAUACGCGACAUCUAUAAGCUGAAGGUGAUUGCUACCGAUGAGGGGGUGCCACAGAUGACGGGCACGGCUACCAUUCAGGUGCACAUUAUCGAUGUAAAUGAUAAUCAGCCGACUUUUCCGCCGCAUAGUGUGAUUAGUGUUAGUGAAGGUACCGAACCUGGUAGUGUGAUAACAUUAAUAUCCGCAAACGAUGUCGACACCUAUCCCGAGCUGACAUAUCGUUUCGCCACUGAAGAUGACACCACCAGCAACAGUAACACCAACAACAACCAUGCAUCGUCUUCUUCGUCUUCAGUAACAACAAAAACAACAUCAAACAUUAACGACGAAGAAAACACUUCCAUCUUUGCUAUCGAUCGUUACAGCGGCAAAGUGAUCCUUCGCAAACGACUCGACUACGAAAUGCAACAAGAAUACCAAUUGGAGAUAAUUGCAUCCGAUACAGCACACGAAGCACGCACUACUCUCACCGUCCGUGUCACCGAUGAGAACGAUAACGCUCCCAUAUUCCAGCAGCCAGCCUAUUACACUAUGCUUCCGGAUCAGAUGUCCUCGUCCUCAUCCAGCAACACCAAUGGCGGCGAUAUCGAACUGCUUACCGUCAAUGCAACCGACAUCGACUCCGACCGCAAUGCACUCAUCCGCUUUACCAUUCAACCACCACAACCAGGCUUCUCAAUUCACGAAUCCUCUGGUACUGUCUAUGUUAACACCAGCCGCAUUAACGCAGUCCACGGUCGUGAUGACAUCUAUCUGACAAUUCUUGCCACCGACUCCGGUACACCUCCGCAACACUCGUCAGCUAUUGUCAGAGUUCAAUCGAAUGCAAAUAGCCAAGGAAGGGCACAAUUUCUACAAACGCAAUACCGGACUAGUAUUAACGAGGAAGCACCCUUAGGAACGGUGGUAUUACGACUGUCCCAGGAUGUCUUGGACACCGAACUUACCCAACAUUUGGUCUUUACCAUUGUCUCGGGCAACGAAGACGGUACGUUUGAAGUCUACCAAUCGAGUGCCAUCAUUCUUGUCCAGUCGCUCGAUCGUGAGCGUGUUGAUUUGUACAAGCUACGCUUGAUAAUGAGCGAAAAGGGAGCCCCGUUGCGGGCGGACAACAAUUCGUCGGCGAUCAAUGUGUUUGUCACGGUCGAAGAUGCCAAUGACAAUUCACCGGUGUUUGAUAGCAGUGGCCAAUACGAAGCAGAUAUAAGUGAAUCAGCUCCCCUGCGGUACUCCAUAGCUCAAUUGAUCGCGGUCGAUGCUGAUUUAGAGAAUACUCCGAAUUCGGAUAUUGUUUACGAUAUAACGUCGGGCAACGAUGAGGGCAUGUUCACUGUCGACCUGGUCUCUGGGGUGCUGUUUGUGAACAAUCAACUCGACUAUGACCGCGGUGCCAUGAACUACGAACUGAUCGUGCGCGCAUGUGACAGUGCUGCGCUGCCUCGAUGCAGUUUGCAGCCAUUCCGAAUUUCCCUUGUCGAUGAGAAUGAUAAUGCUCCACGAUUUCCAGUUGCUGAGUAUAUCGAGUUUAUUGGCGAGAAUGAAGCAAUUGGAACUAGUAUUUUCACAGCUCGAGCUACUGAUCUUGAUCGUGGGAUCUAUGGCCAUUUGAACUACUCCAUCGAUCAAACCGAUCCACAUAACAUGGCUGGCGAUGAAUUCGCUUAUAAACUGUUUCGCGUCGAUGCUGGCAGUGGAGUUGUCACUUCGAACGCCAUUUUUGAUUACGAACAAAGGAACCGCUAUGAUUUGGUGCUGCGUGCUACUGAUACUGGCGGCAAGUAUGCAACGGUCAAAGUGCGCAUUAUGGUCGAUUCGAAAGAUGAGUAUAGUCCGCAAUUUACGGAGCGGACUUACCGCUUUGUGAUGUCAUCGUCGGCGGAAGGUAAUAUGCAGUUAGGAUAUACUGUCGGUCAAGUUUCGGCUAGUGAUCGGGAUAAGGGUGCUGAUGGAAGGGUAGUCUACCAGCUUACGUCACAGCAUGCCUAUUUUAAGGUCAAUCGAACAACUGGGGCAGUGGUUAUCAAGAAGAAGCUUGAUGACAACUUUGAUGAUGGACGGGAUAUCAGUUUGGUGAUCACAGCAAGCUCGGGACGACAGGGAUCACUCACCAAUAUGACCGUUGUGGAGAUCUCCCUCGACCCUCAAGGAUCUUCUACUACAAACGUCGCCAGCAAUACUGGAGCUCCAAGUUCCGGAGGUGGUUUUGCCGAUUGGGCUUUGGGACUGUUGAUCGCUUUCUUGCUCGUCAUCUGUGCGUUCGCUGGGAUCUUCCUGUUCUUGCAUAUGAGAAACCGCCGACAUAGACAAGUCUCCAAGCCAAGCUUGAGCACUGAAACGGUGGGGAAUACCAACAGCUAUGUGGAUCCAAGUGCAUUCGAUACGAUACCGAUCAGGGGUGGAUCUGGAGCGACGGGAAGUGCAGGCCAAUUCGCCCCACCAAAAUAUGAUGAGAUUCCCCCAUACGGCCCUCACGCAGCAAGUUCGAACUCUGGAGCAGCAACCACAUCCGAGCUUUCCGGUUCCGAACAGUCUGGAUCAAGUGGGCGUGGCUCAGCUGAAGAUGAUGGCGAGGAUGAAGAAAUUCGCAUGAUCAAUGAGGGCCCUCUUCACCGAGACCAUCACCGAGGCAGCGAUGAUGGACGGCUUUCAGACAUUUCAGUGCAAAACACCCAAGAGUACCUAGCGCGACUGGGUAUUGUUGACAAUCCCAAUACAACAGGAGCGGCGUCAACGUCUUCCCGGAGGUGUUCGGAAAGUAUCGGCGGUAGCAAUAAGGACUCACAUCUCCAUCACACCCUUCCCAUAGACUCCCUUCACAUGUUCGAUGAGGAACCUGGCGGUGAAUCUGACAUCACUAACCUAAUCUAUGCCAAGCUCAAUGACGUCAAUGGAGGCAGUGAUCGUGCCAGUAGUACCGACGAAGCGGCAACCACCGCUGGAAGUAUAGGUGCUGCCGUCGAUCAUGUAAUGGGCUUUGGUGAUGUUCCCGUCGUCGGCAGUGGGAACGUAGGUCCCUCAAUGAAUGGCUCCCUGAGUUCUAUAGUUCACAGCGAAGAAGAACUCACCGGUAGCUAUAACUGGGACUACCUGCUCGACUGGGGUCCGCAAUACCAGCCGCUGGCACAUGUAUUCUCCGAGAUUGCAAGACUGAAAGAUGACACUUUAUCGGUGCAUAGCGGCAAUAGCGGAGCAUCGUCGAGUGCGAAAAGCAAGCAAUCGCUAGCGCACUCAGCCAAACACAUUCCGCCACCAUUGCUGACAAAUGUCGCCCCCAGAUCCAUCAACGUUCCAGUAUUAUCUAGCCGGGGGAGUGGCAGCCAUCACUCCUCGGUGCCAGCCAAUCAAUACCUCCUGCCUCGAUCACCAAUUAGUCAUGAUGCACCUGGCGGUGGUUUUAGCACAUCGUCGGCGAUGUCACCGAGCUUUUCACCAUCGCUAUCGCCAUUAGCGACACGAUCGCCAUCGAUAUCGCCGCAUGUUGUUGGUGGAGUGCCGACGGGACAUCAUAUGGUGUCAUUGCCACGGCAUCAACCGCAGCCGCAGCAAAGAAAAAAUCUUGACAGUGAGAUGAGAGUGAGAAUGUAAAUCAUAAGAGAGAGAGAGUAUAAAAAGCCCGCCCCCCUUUUCCCACCUUCUUUUUUUCCCCAUCAUCAUGUAGACCUUAAGUUAAGUAGUUAAGAGUGAGGUAACACGAGCUGCCCCCUCCCGGCUGUGGUAACAACAAACUUUAAACUAUUUAAACAAAAUAAAAAAUUUUAUAAGAUCAAAAAAAAUGAUAGGUAACUUACGUCAUAAUCAACUUGUACAGAAUUAAUUUUUAAUCAGUUUGCCAUUAAAUGUUAGGAUUUUUAGAAUUUUAAGAUAACAAAACCUCAUUUUUUUUUUAUUUUUAACAUUUUUUUUCAUAAAAUACAUUUUUCUUAUAAUUUUUUUGUUUAAUAUUAAAUACUCACCAUAACCCUUCCCAAAAAAAAAAAAUAAAAAUGGAAAAAUAAGUCGUUAAAAAAAAAAAUGUAUAUACUGUAUCCAAGACUAAAAAAGCCAAUAAAGACUCUUAAAUAGUUGUAAAAAAAAAAUAGUAAAUCUUAAAAAUUAAAAUCAUUAUAAACAUUAAUU